UGCCCGCGCGGCCUCCCGCCGCCUCCCACGCGGGCGCAGCCCCCUGCCGCCGCCAUGGCGCGAGGAGACGCCCCGCAGGACAGCUACCACCUGGUCGGGAUCAGCUUCUUUAUCCUGGGGCUGGGCACCCUCCUCCCCUGGAACUUCUUCAUCACCGCCAUCCCGUACUUCCAGGGGCGGCUGGCGGGGCCCUUAAACAGCACAGCCAGGACUCUGAGCGCCAACCGCACGGAACCUGAGGACACUUUCAACUUCAACAACUGGGUGACACUGCUGUCCCAGCUGCCCCUGCUGCUCUUCACCCUCCUCAACUCCUUCCUGUACCAGUGGAUCCCGGAGCCCAUGCGGGUCCUGGGCAGCCUGCUGGCCGUACUGCUGCUCUUCGCCCUGACGGCGGCGCUGGUCAAGGUGGACGUGAGCCCCAGGCCCUUCUUCGGCAUCACCAUGGCCUCCGUCUGCCUCAUCAACUCCUUCAGUGCAAUCCUGCAGGGCAGCCUCUUUGGGCAGCUGGGCACCAUGCCCUCCACCUACAGCACCCUCUUCCUCAGCGGCCAGGGCCUGGCUGGAAUCUUCGCUGCCCUUGCCAUGCUCAUGUCCAUGGCCAGUGGCGUGGACGCCCAGACCUCUGCGCUGGGGUACUUCAUCACGCCGUGCGUGGGCAUCCUCAUGUCCAUCGUGUGCUACCUGAGCCUGCCCCACCUGAAGUUUGCUCGCUACUACCUGGCCAAGAAACCAUCGCAGGCCCAAGCUCACGAGCUGGAGACCAAAGCCGAGCUCCUCCAGUCUGAUGAGAAGAACGGGAUCCCCAGCAGCCCCCAGAAGGUGGCCCUGACUCUGGAUCUCGACCCUGUGAAGGAGCCGGAGCUGGAGCCGGACGAGCCCCAGGUGCCACGGAAACCUUCAGUCUUCGCUGUCUUCCGGAAGAUCUGGCUGACGGCGCUGUGCCUUGUGUUGGUCUUCACAGUCACCCUGUCUGUCUUCCCCGCCAUCACAGCCAUGGUGACCAGCUCCACCAGUCCGGGGAAGUGGAGCCAGUUCUUCAACCCCAUCUGCUGCUUCCUUCUCUUCAACAUCAUGGACUGGCUGGGGCGGAGCCUGACCUCCUACUUCCUGUGGCCCAACGAAGACAGCCGGCUGCUGCCCCUGCUGGUCUGCCUGCGCUUCCUGUUCGUGCCGCUCUUCAUGCUGUGCCACGUGCCCCAGAGGUCCCGGCUGCCCAUCCUCUUCGCGCAGGACGCCUACUUCAUCACUUUCAUGCUGCUCUUUGCUGUGUCCAACGGGUACCUGGUGUCCCUCACCAUGUGCCUGGCACCCAGGCAGGUGCUGCCACACGAGAGGGAGGUGGCCGGUGCCCUCAUGACCUUCUUCCUGGCCCUGGGACUCUCCUGCGGAGCCUCUCUCUCCUUCCUCUUCAAGGCGCUGCUCUGAAGUGGCCCGUGGGGGCUCUCCCAGCAGCCCUCUCCCCGGAGCCUCCUCUGGAGCCGAGAUCCAGCCCAGGGGAACUGCGAGCCGGCACAGGCCUCUCCUGGGAGGGGCCCCCUGGGUCUGGGGUGCCCGGAGGGGCAGGAGCUGCUCUCCAUCCUGGCUGGUGACCGCCUGGGGCGCUGGGAGGAAGACUUCACCGCCGGUCAUUCUAACCUCCCAGGAACAGUGCUGACCCACAGCACCUCACUGGAAGGUGGUCGUCAGGAGCGCAGGGCCACGGCCCUCGCACCGCCAGGACUGCAUCUGCAAAUCGGCACCAGGAGCCGAGG